GAUGCGUUCACGUCCGCUCGUUUAUUAUUCUGGUUUGAAUUUGUCGAGGCGGCACACAUGAGACAUUUUGACCAAGUUACGGUGAAAGUGAUCAUCCUGCACUCGUACCGGCCCGCCGGGGAUCGGUUUGGAACUGCCGGCGCGACCUUCCCGGGGCGAACCGGCGUAUAUAGAUCGCCUCGUUGAUGUGGGGGCUCGGAGGAGGGGAUUUUAUUUUGAAAAAAGAAAAAGAGAGAGAAAGGUAUAUGGCCGCGCUGUACGUGGGCGACCUGCACCUGGACGUGACCGAGGCCAUGCUCUAUGAGAGGCUGAGCCGCGUCGGGGUCAUCCUGUCCAUCCGGGUGUGUCGGGACAUGAUGACCGGCCGCUCCCUGGGCUACGCCUGCGUUAACUUCCAGCAGCUUGCAGACGCCGAACAUGCACUGGACACCAUGAACUUUGACCUGAUAAAGGGGAAGCCCAUGCGCAUAAUGUGGUGGCAGCGGGACCCCUCGCUGAGGAAGAGUGGCGUGGGCAACAUCUUUGUCAAGAACCUGGACAAGUCCAUAGACAACAAUGUCCUGUACGACAUCUUUUCCUUUUUUGGCAACAUCCUGUCUGGCAAGGUGGUGUGUGAUGAGAACGGCUCUAAAGGCUACGGCUUUGUGCACUUUGAGACUCAGGAGUCGGCCGAGAGAGCUAUUGUGGAAAUGAACGGCAAGCUGCUCAAGGACCGAAAAGUAUUUGUGGGCCACUUCAAAUCCCUCAAAGAGCGUAAGGCCGAGCUCGCCACCCGAGCCAAAGAAUUUACAAAUGUUUACGUUAAAAACUUUGGUGAAGACGUGGAUGAGAGGAAGCUGAGGGCCUUUUUCAAUAGAUAUGGAAGCAUAGCCAGCGUCCGCAUCAUGAGGGACGAGAGCGGGUUGUGUCGCGGAUUCGGCUUUGUCAGCUUCGAGAGGCACGAGGAUGCCCAGAGGGCAGUGGAUGAGAUGAACGGGAAGGAGUUGCACGGCAGGACGAUCUAUGUCAACCGCGCCCAGAAGAAGAUGGAGCGUGAGGCUGAGCUGCAGAGUAAUUUUGAACAGAUGAAGCAAGAGCGCUUCUCCCGCUACCAAGGCGUUAACUUAUAUGUGAAGAACCUCGACGAUGGCAUCGACGACGACCGCCUGCGAAAAGAGUUUGCGCCAUUUGGUAUUAUAACUAGCGCCAAGGUGAUGACGGACGGCGGACACAGCAGAGGCUUCGGCUUCGUCUGCUUCUCCUCCCCGGAAGAGGCCAGCAAGGCGGUGGCGGAAAUGAGCGGGCGCAUGUUGGGCACCCAGCAGCUGUACGUGGCGCUGGCCCAGCGGAAAGAGGAGCGCCAGGUGUAUCUCAGCAACCAGUACAUGCGGCGCAUGGCCAGUGUGCGGUCCGGCCAGGUCAUCAACCCCUACCAGGCAAUGCCGGGCGCUGGCUACUACAUUGCGACGCAGAUAGCACAGCCGCAAAGCCGCGCUCCUUACUUUCCAGCCGCCGCCCAGAUGACCCAGCUUUGCCCGAGCCCACGCUGGACCACUCCAGUUCAGGAUUGCUGGUUUAGACCAAUCAAUAUGGGGGCAAUGUCUCUUAAGCCAGCUAAGAGCCAACACAAAAGGGGCACAGCGAAAGACUACCAGAACCACCCUGGUGCCAUGCGCCCCUCCGCACCAAGCCCCCCGGCCUUUAACAGCCUACGCCCUGCCUCCCAGGUGCCUCGUAUCAUGGCCAGCCAGCGUGUAGGAACUCAGACUCUCAGCCCGCGGCCCACCACACCAGUCACCCCCUUGUAUGGCAUCCCUCAGUACAAGUACCCCGCAGCCGCCCGCAGCCCUCAGGAUCACGUGCAACAUGUUCAACCGCAAGGGGCGACGUCGGCGCAGCAGCCCGCCGUCCACGCUCAGGUGCAGAAGCCUUUGACUGCAACCGUGCUGGCUGCUGCGCCUGCAUUGGAGCAGAAGCAGAUGCUGGGUGAGUGUUUAUUCCCACUCAUACAGAACAUGUAUCAACACCUGGCAGGGAAGAUCACCGGCAUGCUGCUGGAAAUCGACAACUCUGAGCUGCUCCACAUGCUGGAAUCCCCCGAGUCUCUCCGCUCAAAGGUGGGCGAGGCCGUGGCGGUGCUUGAGGCCCACCAGGCCAAGGAGUUGACCCGAAAGACCUACUGACGGAUCUGAGGAUACGACGAGCUCCAGGAGUUACAGCGAACUGACUGCGAGAAGAAUCUGAUCAUAACAUGAGUAAAACAUCACAGAAUAGUCAAAACCACCAUAAAAUAUAAAAAAAUUACCAUAAAAUAUGAGAAUAGGUUGAUCAAUAUUGAUGGUUGUCAGAUCAAAUUUAAACCAUUGAAAUAGCUGUAGAAUAUAUUUUUUAUUUAUUUAGACAAAAUGUGUUGUUUUUGUAUAUAUUUUUUAUUUUUAACACUUGAGCUGUUUUUGGGGUGGGGUGAAAGGUUUACUAAAGUAAAGGUUCUGCAAAUGUGUUUGCUUGUUUGAUGGUUGACCUCACAACCUCACAAAUAGAAACAGUAGAA